AUGGCCACGACAGCUGCGCAAUCGCCCUAUACCACAGGGUUGUCGGAUAGGGAAGGGGUGAUUGACGCGUGUUUACGAUGGAGCUAUGGCAUUGACAAAGGCGAUCGCUCGCUUCUUGCAUCAUCAAUGGCCGCCGAGGUUCGCCUGGAUCUUUCUGCAUACAAAGACAAGGGUUUUGAUUUGCAAGACACUUGCGCAACAAGGGAGCAACAUCUAGAUGGCCUUCUUGAGACCAUGGGACGGAUGGACACGUUGCAUCUCCUGAGCAACUUUCGGGUUGCUCUUCUCACCCAAAGCACGGCUGAAGUUAUGUGCAACGUACAAGCUCACCACUAUCGUCUUGGUGAAGGUGUCAAAACUGGAGACCGUGAUUGUUUUGUCAUGGCUCAUGAAUACCAUGCAGCUCUGGUUCGUGAUGAUAUCAGUGAAGGAAGCUUAUGGAGGAUCAAAUAUCUCAAAACGUUCCCAAGAUAUGUCAAUGGGGAUCACAGGAUUAUUGGGCUUCCAUGA